AUGAGUACUUCAGGUAGAGGGCCGGCGAAGCGGAAGGUAAAGCCUGUCGAACCUCAAUCGUUAUUAGAUUUUGAUUUAGGCGAAGGUGAGAGCUCAGAUGAUUCGGAUUUCCGUAUUGAGGAUCAUCCGGAAGAAAGUGAUGAUUACUCCAUCAACAGUGACGAUGAUGACAAAAAAGAAGAUGAAAAGAGUGUCAGUUCCGAUGAUCAGUCAGGAUCAGAUAUUGAAAACAAUUUCAAAAACUCUGCUAACAAACUCGGGGAAGAGUUGUGUGUUACGGACCUACUUGCAAAGGCCAAGCAAAAGGAAUUCAAGUUUCCAGGUGACUUAGCCAAUGUCUUAAUUUGUGCUGGUUGUUUGGGCUCUAGAAGUGAUGAUUUUAAUGAGAUUGUGGAAUGUGAUGGUUGUGGUGUUACUGUACAUGAAGGUUGCUAUGGAGUUUCUGAUGUGACGAGUGAGUCUAGUACAGUUAGUUCAGCUUCAACUGAACCAUGGUUUUGUGAAGCUUGUAAAGCCGGAGUUAAGGAUCCUAACUGUGAAUUGUGCCCUAAUAAAGGUGGUAUUUUUAAGGAAACGGAAGUAGGUGCUUGGGUGCAUCUGGUAUGUGCUCUUUAUGUCCCUGGGGUGGCUUUUUCUGAGGUGGAGCGUCUUUCUGGUGUGACUCUGUUUGAGAUGGCUUACUCGCGUUGGGGCGCGCGGUCGUGCGCUCUGUGUGCGGACGCGACGUUAGCACGCACUGGUGUUUGUGUGGGAUGCGAUGCAGGACUAUGCAAAACAUUUUUCCACGUUACUUGUGGACAGCGUGAAGGUUUAUUAGCAGAAGCACAUUCUGAGGAGGUGGAACAAGCUGACCCAUUUUAUGCACAUUGUCGGCUACACUCCGACAAAACGCUUGUUAAGAAACGCAAGAGGAAUUGGCUCGCUUUGCAACUUCGAACUGAAAAAAGAAAAUUGGAAUUACAGAAUAAUCUCAGUACAGAAGAGAAGAUCAGGAUACAACGGAAACUGAUCAAAUACCGAAGAAAAUAUUCACAGCAGAAAGAAAAUAGAAAUCCGCCAUGGGUUCCAACUCAAAAGAUGGCGCGGAUGCUCUACAGCAGCGCUUCUGCCAUGAGGAGGUUCCAAAAGAAAGCGGAAUGUAUGGGAAUAGAUACCCACGCACUUGAAUUUCAAGAUGCACAGAUGGCUGCACUUAAGGACGUAUCUCGCAGAUGGCAUGUGCCACCGGCAUUUUCAGUUGAGUUUGUUGGGUACUAUUUAGAACGAAACACUCGCGUGACGUCACUACGAAGAUCGCUCGAGCGUCUUACAAAGGAAAAUGAAAAGCUACUUGGAGAGGAUGACAAGCUUCGAGCCGAAUAUGAUGAGGCAUCCAAAGAGAAUACCGACGCUCUUGCAGAAUUGGCUUCUACGCGACUAGCAUUGCAGAAGAUCUACGAUGUUAUCAUUAUGAUUUCUCCUAAGAAGACUAUACCAUCUAUAAUGGAAGAAAAGCCCUUGUUACCUCCUGUAAUACCAAGGUCGACACCUAAAGUCACACCCCAGCAAUUACAGAAACGGUCAAUGUCUGUGCCCACCGCAGCUGCACUUAAGAUGGGCGUUGGUUUUCCUCUUAGCGACAAUCCGGACGCUCGCCAUGGAAAAGUUUUGUCAACUUCGCUUGAAGCCACGUGUUUCGCGCUGGCGGCAAAAGAGUGCGCGGCGUGCGGUCGCAGCAGCGAGCGCCAUCUGAUGGCGGCGUGCGACACGUGCCAGCAGCACUACCACCUGCACUGUCUUAACCCGCCGCUGCAGCGCCCGCCCAAGAAGAGCAAGCAGUACGGCUGGUGA